GAAGCGCGCGCGCUCGUUCGCCAAUAGAGUUGCCCAUUGUUUGCUCUGCUAGAGAGUUUACAGUAGAUCUGCAUCGUGUAUUUCCAAACUACCUGUUGAAAACCAACGCUCCCGCUCUCUGGGUCGCUUUCGAAAAGAGGGAACGAGAUAUUCUUCUUCAAAUGCUAUAGCUGUUCAAUCCCCCCACGGAUUUAUUACAGGAGGAGCAAGCAUGCCUUUGGGACUCAGGAAAAAGAAAAACAAGUCGAGGGAAACCUCGAACUUAGUGGAAAACGAGGAGGUCAGCGGACAAGUAGGUGGAGGGGUCGUGAAGUCCGCCGUGAACGGUGCUGGUCUCCCACCUCCACCUGCCAACCUGCGACCGAAACUGGUGUUCCACACGCAGCUCGCCCACGGGAGCCCCACGGGCAGGAUCGAAGGCUUCUCGAACGUCAAAGAGCUGUACAACAAGAUAGCAGAAGCGUUUAACUUAAGUGCGGAUGAGAUAAUGUUUUGCACACUCAACACCCACAAAAUUGAUAUGGAGAAGCUGCUGGGAGGACAGAUAGGACUGGAGGACUUCAUCUUCGCUCACAUAAAAGGGAUCAAAAAGGAGGUGGAGGUGUACAAGGCAGAGGAGGCACUUGGGCUCACCAUCACAGACAAUGGAGCUGGAUACGCCUUCAUAAAGAGGAUCAAAGAGGACAGUGUGGUGGAUGGGAUCAAGGUGAUCUGUGUAGGAGAUCACAUCGAGUGCAUCAGUGGAAAGAACAUUGUGGGAAUGAGGCACUUUGAGGUUGCGCGAAUGCUGAAGGAGCUGCCUAAAGACCAGUCCUUCACCCUCAAACUGGUGGAGCCCAUGAAAGCCUUCGAGAUGCUUGAACCCAGGUCAAGGGGCGGUGGAGCCAAAGCAUCAGGAGAGAACAAAGUUGGCACAGGCAGAGAAACCCUUCGAUUGCGCUCCAAGGGUCCUGCAACAGUCGAGGAGAUGCCCACAGAGUUUGAAGAGAAGGCUGUGAAGAAAGUGGAUGACCUUCUGGAAAGUUACAUGGGCAUUCGAGACACUGAAUUAGCUGCAACGAUGGUGGAGGUCGGCAAAGACAAGCAGAACCCUGAUGAGUUUGCCACGGCCCUGGACAAGGCUCUUGGUGACUUUGCCUUUCCUGAUGAGUUUGUGUUUGACGUCUGGGGAGCCAUUGGUGACGCCAAAGAGGGACGGUUUUAAAAUGGCAGUACACAAACAUGCCCAUUCCACCACAUACGGCAUAUAAAAAAAAGAGAUGGUGAUCCUGUUUAUUGUCAUACAGUAAAUAGCGGGUAUACUUUUGAAUUUAUACAGUAUGUGAUUUACAAAAAUGUUUUUACAGAUAAAUAAUAAUAAAAAAACAAGACCACUCUAUUUUUCUUAACAUACAUUUUCCAACCCGAGUGCAUUAAGGCACAAGGCUUUGGCCUAUCAGAAGUCAAAUUUUGAGAAUUAAUUUCUGUGGGUAGCAUUUAUUAGUGGAGCUGGGAAUAUAUCAUAUUUAACAGCCAAGGGAAAGCGUGAUAUUUGAAACACUUUUUUUGGAAUAUAGAACAUUUUGUAUAGUAUUAAGAUACAUUAUCCUUUUUAGAUAUAUAUGUUUAGACCUUUUAAUUUAUUUAAUAAAGUGGUCAGACUUUUGACAGUCGAAGACAUUCGAUCGCUGGUUAUAAUUGUGUUGGAUGCUCUGUUAGGUAGUGUCAUCAUAUUUUUAAGUCAAUUAGAGUUUGGAAUAUACAAACAGAAUAAAACAAAAACAUUGUUUUAAGUGAUCAUUUAACCUUAAAAUAGUGCCAACCAGACCAAUUAAUUUGAGAAAUAAUACAAAUGAAUUUAUAUCACAUUGUUAUAAUGUUGUGAGUAUAUUGUACAAUACAAUCCAUAAGGGAUAACUUUUUGUGAUACUUGUUUUUUGUGCCUUCACUGUUGCAUUAUCAAAUACAUUUUAUAUGAUCAAUGUGUGCUCAAAUAUUUUUUUCUUUCCCUGAUUUUCACAUCAAAUGUGAAAAAAGAUGCACUAAAUUACUUUGUGAACCUGAUAAUUAAAUGUGAUAAAAUAAACUGUUACA